AUGGCCGCCUCUACCAUGUCUGUCUGCUCUGACGCCUGCACCAACUCCUCCUGGCAGGUGGACGACUGCCCAGAGAGCUGCUGUGAGCCUACCUGCUGUGCCCCCAGCUGCUGCCAGCCCAGCUGCUGCCAUUGCUGUGCCCCAUCCCCCUGCCUGAGCUUCAUCUGCACCCCAGUGAGCUGUGUGUCCAGCCCCUGCUGCCAAUCUGCCUGCAGCAGCUGCUGCACACCCUCAUGCUGCCAACAGUCUAGCUGCCAGCCAGCUUGCUGCACCUGCUCUCCCUGCCAGCAGUACUGCUGUGUGCCAGUUUGCUGCAAACCUGUCUGCUGUGUGCCAGUUUGCUGCAAGCCUGUUUGCUGUGCACCAGUCUGCUGUGAGACUUCCUCCUCAUGCUGCCAGCAGUCUAGCUGCCAGCCCUCUUGCUGCACCUCCUCUCCCUGCCAGCAGUCUUGCUGUGAACCCACAUGCUGUGAGCCUUUGUGUUGUGAACCUGUCUGCUGCACACCCAUCUGUUCUGGAUCCUUCCCAUGCUGCCAGCAGUCUAGCUGCCAGCCCUCAUGCUGUCAAUCUUCCUGCUGUGUGCCUGUCUGCUGCAAGCCUGUCUGCUGCACACCCAUUUGCUCUGGAUCCCCAUGCUGCCAGCAGUCUAGCUGCCAGCCCUCAUGCUGUCAAUCCUCCUGCUGUGUGCCUGUCUGCUGCAAGCCUGUCUGCUGCAAGCCCUGCUCCAGCGUGUCCCUGCUCUGCCGCCCUGUGUGCAGACCUGCCUGCUGUGUGCCCACCUCCUCCUGCUGUGCCUCCUCCUGCCAGCCCAGCUGCUGCAAGCCCUGCUCCAGUGUGUCCCUGCUCUGCCGCCCUGUGUGCAGACCUGCCUGCUGUGUGCCCACCUCCUCCUGCUGUGCCUCCUCCUGCCAGCCCAGUUGCUCCAAGUCCUGCUCCAGUGUAUCCAUGCUCUGCCAUCCAGCCUGCUCCAGACAAGUCAGCUGUAGCCUCUCUUCUGGCCAGAAGUCCAGCUGCUGA